GUAGCACUCUCCCCGGAAGUUUGGAUCAGGCCUGACUGGCCAAUCUUGACCACCAGAAGUGCACAAGACUCCUAAUUCGGAAAGACCGGUGACGACGGUUUGUUUUCUCCCUCCCACCUCGAGCUUUUUGCAAGCUCCCGUGGUCUCGCACAAAACCCAAUUUCUCUUCCUUCCACCGAGGGAACGCUUUUUCCCAACCACUUCUUCUUUUCCAGUCUUCCUUUUUUCCACCAUCUGAUCUUCAACUCCUCUCCAUCUUGUCUCUUGUCUGAGUUCCUGUGUUCUUUGUCAGAAUACCACUUUGAGCUUUCCAGCGUCUUGUUCUUUCAUCUGCGUUCCCUUCUAGAUAGACAAUAUCAAGACAGCACCCUAAAGAAGGACUUGAGACAAGUCCGCCAUCAUGUCUCAGCCAACUCGCCAGUUCUCCACGGGCGCUUCGGCGCACCGUAGACGGCAGAUGAGUACCGUCAUCGAGAAGGAAGGUCAUUUCGGCGUUGAGUUGACGACCCUCUUCUUGGGCAUCUCGGCAGUCUUUGCAGAUGACCAUACUGCAGUCGUGGCCCUCGCCAUUCACGACACUACUUACCUCAUUGAUUUCUCCGUCAAGCAUAUUGUGCUUGAUGAUGCAUUCAAGAUGGGUGAGGAUGUCAUCUCGGACUUUGUCAUCACGUCAGUUAAGGAGUAUGAACGUGAGAACUUUGCCAAGUUCAUUGGCGCUGGUCUACCCAUGACUCUCAAGUACAUGAGUCCUACACUCUGCUCUCGCCUUUGGCUAGAGACAGACAUUGUUCCCAUCGUCAUUCGACCGGAUGAUGACCACAAGGAGAAGACUUUCUGGGACGCCAAGCGUGUCGAUGAGCAGGCUGACUCGAUGGCACGCAAGUGCAUCAUGCACUUUGGACCCUCUCUGGCGCCUCUACUACACGUCGGUUUCCGUGGAAUUGUUCAGACCGAUGCUGGCUUCCGAGCCCCCAUCAACACCAUCCAGAACAACAAGGACGUUUGUUCUGCGGCAUCCUGGGAGACCAUGCUCACAUAUGCUAAGAAGCUGCGUGGAAACAAGACGAAGAUAGCCUUCUUCAGCAGCACCCCUCAAGGCGGCGGUGUAGCUCUCAUGCGACACGCGCUUGUGCGAUUUUCGCGCCUGAUGGGUGUUGAUCUGACUUGGUAUGUGCCAAAGCCUCGUCCGGGUGUCUUCAGGAUCACCAAGAACAUUCACAACAUCCUUCAGGGUGUCAGCCAUCCUGACCAGAGAAUCUCCGCCGAGGAGAUGGCUGCCAUCAUUGACUGGAUUUCCGACAAUGCACAACGUUACUGGUUCUCUGAGGGCGGUCCUCUGCGCCCUGCCUCGGAGGGUGGUGCUGAUGUGGUUAUCAUCGAUGACCCCCAGAUGCCUGGUCUCAUCCCAAUGAUCAAAAAAUUGACUCCAGACCGUCCCGUGCUCUAUCGCUCGCACAUUCAAAUCCGCAGCGAUCUGGUGGCGAUUUCUGGCUCUCCUCAGGCUGAGGUUUGGGAUUUCCUGUGGAGUAACAUUAAGGGCGCCGACAUGUUCAUCAGCCACCCCAUCCCCAUCUUUGUUCCCUACAACGUCCCCCGCGAGAAGGUGGUAUACUUCCCUGCCACUACUGAUUGGCUUGAUGGCCUGAACAAGCCUCUUAGCCGCUGGGAUGCUGGUUACUAUGGCCAUCUCUACAACGUGGCUGCUCACUCUCAGCGUCAGACCGAGCUUAACUGGCCGGCUCGCAAGUACAUCGUCCAGGUUGCUCGCUUCGACCCUGCAAAGGGCAUUCCUACCGUCAUCGACUCUUACGCCGAGUUCCGUCGCCGCUGUGAGAAGGAGGGUGUCACUGAUAUUCCCCAACUGGUUGUGUGCGGUAAUGGUUCGGUUGAUGACCCUGAUGCCUCGAUGAUCUACGAUCAAACAAUGACACAGAUGGAGACUCACUAUCCCCACCUAAUUAAGGAUGUGAGCAUCAUGCGUCUUGAGCCCAAUGAUCAGCUCCUGAACACAAUGAUUGCAAAUGCUCAUGUUGUUCUGCAACUUUCUACUCGUGAGGGUUUUGAGGUCAAGGUUUCGGAGGCGCUUCAUGCUGGAAGACCCGUCAUUGCUACUCUGGCUGGCGGUAUCCCAUUGCAGGUCAAGGACGGCGUCAACGGAUUCCUUGUCCAGCCUGGUGACUGGAAGACAGUUGCGGGACAUCUGAUCAAUCUGUUCACUGACCACGAGCUUCACAAGAAGAUGAGCCACGCUGCCGCUACUGGUGUUUCUGAUGAGGUCGGCACCAUUGGCAAUGCCAUUGGUUGGUACUACUUGGCUGCCAAGUGGAACGAGGUUGGUGUCGAGAAGAAUGGCAAAGGUGGUCUCAGGGGAGACGAGAAAUGGGUCAACGACAUGGCUCGAGAAGAGGCUGGGUUCCCGUACACCCAAAACGAGAACCGCCUGCCGCGCCACUUCACUCAGACCAAGAAGCUGCCAGUCCAGACAGCUUAAAGGUGAUCCCGGAACUACCAAUGGCGAUUGUGAGACGGCGCCAGUAAUCUAGGCGAAGCUGGGAUUUGACCGUUUUCAUUUGUCUCGUUUUGACAUGACAAGGUUUUUCUUCGUAUUUUUGAUCUUUGAUGACUUAAGUUUUUGACUCUGCGCUUGACUGGAAUCAACGAACUGUCCGGUGAAGGCUAGGUUUCUGUCAGGUGUUCCGGCCCAAGGCCAUUGAUCACUCCCCUCAAAAGCUUUUUUUAUUUCUCGCGAUGAUUUCUCGGACGAUGGUUUAAAAUGCUCUGCAAUAAUGACUACACACGGAUUUCUUAUUUUCUUUGCAAUGAGCCUUUUACUCAGACUACUUCAACUAAUGGACUUUCACUUCGACGCUGUUCUAUGCACUGGUCACACUGAUGGGCGGGUUUGAAAUCUCUACUCAGAACUUUUCUGUUCAAAUCUUCACUCAAGGGCUAUGUGCUGAAUAUUGUAUCAUUGACACAAUCUCUCAUUGUUGUUCCAACUCUACUCCCAGAAACACUUCACUCAAGCACGUCGGCACUGCUGUACGCUGGCAAACAAAAGUCUCCACUCAGAAGUUUUGCGAUGAUUUUUAACAAGAAAACUUGCUGGGACUUUCAUUUAAUACUGGUAACCGGAUAAUAAUUCAUGGGAUGGAACGCAUUUGGAUUGAUCUGUCAAAGAAGGAGGGACUCUGAUCCAUCUUUGUAGUAAUGCGGAGGUGGAAUCAUCAAAGAUCUUUGUUCGCAUGACUGC